AUGGACUGGACUAGAGGCCGAACCAUUGGACGGGGCUCCACUUCCACCGUCUCCAUUGCUAAGCUGCAUCAGUCAGGUCAGGCUAUUGCUGUCAAGUCAGCCGAGCUCUCACGAUCGGAGUUCCUGCAGAAGGAGCAGAGCAUUCUUUCUGCAUUAAUUUGCCCUCAAAUUAUUGCAUACAAAGGAUUUAACAUUACAGAAGAAAAUGGUAAGCUUAUGUAUAAUAUUUUCUUGGAAUACGCAUCUGGUGGUACGCUUCUUGAUGCAAUUCGCAAGCAUGGAGGCUGGCUCGACGAGUCCAUCAUUAGAUCAUACACUAGACAGAUUCUUCUGGGGCUUCGCCACCUUCAUUCUAAUGGGAUACUACAUCGUGAUAUUAAGGCUCAAAAUAUAUUAAUCACCAGCGAUGGGGCAAAAAUUGCUGACUUGGGUUGCGCUAGGAGGGUCGAUGAGGUGGCUGCAUUUGCCGGCACUCCUGUCUACAUGGCACCUGAGGUGGCUCGUGGCGAACACCAGGGCUUCCCUGCUGAUAUCUGGGCUCUUGGCUCUACUGUUGUUGAGAUGGCUACCGGGAGAGCUCCAUGGACCAAUAUUUCAGACCCUGUUUCUGCUCUCUACCGAAUUGGGUUUUCAGAUAAUGUGCCGGAAAUUCCGAGCUUUAUGUCUAAACAAGCCAAAGAUUUUCUGAGCAAGUGCUUGAAGAGAGAUCCAAUGGAGAGGUGGUCAGCUAGUGAACUACUUGAACAUGAUUUUAUUACAGAGGAGCCGAGCUCUGUUUUGAAGGACACUGAUGUAGACACCCCAACAAGUGUACUGGAGCAAGGAUUAUGGGACUCGAAGGAACAUUUAGAAGCAACUUGGAAGCCGACAUCGACCCAUAAAAGCUGUUGCCACUCUCCGAUAGAAAGGAUCCGGCAACUGGCGGCCCAAGGCAAUGGAAACAUGCCUAACUGGGCAUGGGAUGAAAGUUGGGUCACCGUGAGAAGCAAAGACAGCGCCAAAGAAACGUUUGCUAGCUCCGAGGAUGGUGUCAGUGGGGAACAUAAUUUGAAUAAUGUUAUUCCUAGUGAGUCCAUAAGCUUUGGUGGGAUACGCGCAUUCAUGUGCUUUGGCCAAUGUACUAACCAUAAGCAAUUGUCCAUGUCUUGCAUUUGCAGAGAAGACGAUUUCUGUGAAAGUUGUAAUUUUGAAAAGGAAAUAUCAUAUUCUCUUUUUCUACGUUCCAAUUCUUGCUUAGAAUUUUGCCCCAUCUUCUCUUUGAAAAAUUAUAUUACAUAACUAUUAAUUUUACAUAAAACGAAAUGUAAAUACAAGUGAAUCUUGCAAAUAUAA